AUGGCAGACGCACCCGGUGAAGCCGCUCCGACAUCUUCGUCGAAGGACCCGUCCUCUUUCCUAUCCGAAAUCCAUGGCGCUCCGAUCACUGUCAAGCUCAACUCCGGGGUUGAAUACAAAGGUGAACUUCAGUCAGUAGAUGGGUAUAUGAAUAUCGCGCUUGAGAAUACGGAGGAAUAUGUCAACGGUGAACGAAAGAAUCGGUACGGUGAUGUGUUUAUCAGAGGGAAUAAUGUAUUGUACAUUUCGGCAGAUAAAUGA